AUGCUGGUGGCUUCAAACAUUGAGCAGCCAUUUCCAAAGUUGCAAGUCUUGGAUGUAUCACAUAAUGCAUUUGUUGGCUCUCUACCUGAGAGGUAUUUUAAGAACUUUCGAGGUAUGAUGGAUGCCAAGGAACACCAGACCGAUGGAGAAUAUUUGUUUCAAAAUUUCAUAGAGUUGAGGCUUACAUUGAAGGGAUUGGAUCAGUUAUUGCAGCGACUACUAAAUACCUUUACAACUAUUGACUUAUCCUCCAAUAGAUUCUCUGGGAUCAUUCCACCUUCUAUAGCAAAUCUUAAGUCUCUUAGAUACUUGAAUUUGUCGCACAAUACCAUUGGAGGUCACAUACCGUCAUCUCUUGGAGGUAUGAGUCUCCUCGAGUCAUUGGACUUGUCUUCAAACAAACUGGAUGGAGAAAUUCCCAAUGAAUUGGCAAGGUUAACAUUCAUUGCAAGGUUAAACCUCUCAAUGAAUAAUCUCGAGGGACAAAUACCACUGUCUACUCAACUUUCCACAUUUGGGAAUGAUUCGUAUGCGGGAAAUGUAGGAUUGUGUGGAUUUCCAUUGACGAAAAAAUGUGAUGGGAGUGAUGGAAAACCAUCACCGCCUCGUGUGGAAGUGGAAUCAGAUAGGGAGAUUGAGUGGGAUUAUGUGUUUGCUGCUGCUGGAUAUGUUUUGAGCUUAGUAAUCUUUUCCUUGCUGCUUUUAUUUUGCAAGAGUUUCGGGUAUAAAUACUUUGAGAAAGUUGAGGAUGUUUUUGAGAAGAUCUCUGAGUGUUGCCAGCGCCGGAAGAAAAGAGACACGAAGAAUAAGGCUACACGACAGUAG